AUGUUCCGACCGGACUACUGGGGCGACGACCCCAUGGACGGCGUCAUGGGCGCGGGCAUGCUCCGUCCCGGUGCUGCACCUCGACGCUUCGACGAAUACUACCGCUGCUACCCUGUAGCCAUGCUCCCAGGUCCCGAGAGGGAGAAUGUCAACCACGGUGGCAAGGUCAUCAUGCCGCCGAGUGCGUUAGAUAAGCUGACACGACUGCACAUCACCUAUCCGAUGUUGUUCGAGCUCCAUAAUGGCGCGAAGGAGAGAAUGACGCAUGCGGGAGUUCUGGAAUUUAUUGCGGAGGAGGGAAAGAUCUAUCUGCCUUUCUGGCUCAUGCAAACACUACUUCUCGAGCCCGGUGAUCUGCUUCAGAUCAAGUCGACAGAUCUGCCACCCGGUCAGUUCAUCAAGCUUCAAGCGCAGUCGACAUCCUUCCUCGAUAUCAGCGAUCCCAAGGCAGUGCUGGAGAAUGCGUUCCGGAAUUUCUCGUGUCUCACGAAAGGCGAUGUGUUCACCUUCGCCUACAACGAUCAAGUCUAUGAGAUGGCGGUGCUGGAGACAAAGCCAUCCGGGUCGAAGAAUGCCGUUUCGGUGCUGGAAACGGAUUUGGAGGUCGACUUUGCGCCUCCGGUUGGCUUCGAGGAGUCGCAACGGACAAGUGGGACAAGCACACCGGGCAGCGUCGUCAGCGGGAAGGGGAAACUCCCGGCUGGUGGGCUGUUGCACUCUCAUGGCACCAUGGCCCAGUCAAUAAACUAUGCCGCCAUUGCUCCCGAAUCGACGGAUGCUGCAGCCGGUGCUCGCGCCGUGUCAUCCAAUUUUUUGUCGGGAGGGCAGCGCCUGAACGCAAAGAAGGGCAGCAAAGCUCCGACCCCCAAACCAUCUACUCCCGUCCCCGGAGCUACAAAUUUGCAACAUCCACCUCCAGCUCGCAAGACCAACGGUCCCCAACCUCUCCGACUCCCUCCCAACCAACUCUUCUUCGGAUACGCCAUCACACCGGCCAAGAAGCGCGACGAGAAUGGAAUGGUCGUGCCCGUGGACCAGCCUAAAUUCCAGGGCAUCGGCCAGACACUUCGGGGGAAGCGCAAGGAUCCAGGCGGAGAUGUCACCCCCACAUCCGGAAGCGAAGCCGGCAGCCAAAAGUCUCACGGAAGCGGGCGCACGUUGGGAGGAAGCAAGCGUUAG